GGCAUAUCGUCCGCGUCUGCUUCGCAAUAUUCGAAGGAUAAAGAUUACCAGAAAGGAUUAACUACCUGAACAAUAUAAACAUAACGAGCGAAAGGUCCACAACAGAUCGUUCCAGUUCACUCUGAAGAAAUCCAGUCGAUAAUCGUGGGAUUAAAAUAGAUCAUCGCGGUGAUAAGGAAAGAAUAUCGCAGAGCCAUAAAUAUCAUUAUACCGCUAGUGAAAAAAAAAAAAAACUGAAGAAGAAUAACAAAGUCCUAAAAUAAGACUUGCAGUGAUACUAAUAUAUCGCGUUUUAGCAUCCAUAAUUACUUGCAACAUGCAACGGCAGCCUCGGACACAGAAGCAUCCUUUAUUGCGACCAACUCUUAGCGACAAAAGUAAAAAUGUCGCUAAAGCACGGCCAGAUGUUAACUCGAAUUGGUAUAAAAUUGGUCGAGUUAAAAGCUUAUUUACAUUUCCAAUAUAUUUAGGUUAUGGGGUGCGUACACCAUUAUGCAAUUUUUACUACAACUGCAUGGUUGGACAAUCGAGCAAUUUCACGUAUCGAAAUAACAUGUUUAUAGUAUACAAUUAUAAAACAAACAACGUCAUAUAUGCCAAAGACAACCGUAUGAUAUUAAAUCUGCACGUAAAAUAUUUGAGAGAAUUAAAAAUAGUGAUAGCGUGUGAAUUAAAAUCUGCUGAAAUAAUAGAUAUAGAAGAUAUUAUAAGAAAUUACACAACGUUCAAAUGCAAUUACAUCUACAACAGAAGUCUAUCUCAAAUAACAUGUACGGACUGCGGAGAUAAAAUCGCAAAAUGGAUUUCCAAAACUAUAAAUGAUGAGAAUGCUCGUAUAGGAUAUAUUGUGGUAAACAGUUCCGACCAAAUGCCACUUUGGGACCAAAUGCUGCAGUUAAACGUAGGACAGAUUGACGAAAGUGAUACAGUCCGUCUGCAACAUAGAUAUGUGUAUUCGUUGUUAUCACAACCACCGAUUCGUAGUCAUAUAACCAACUUGUUACAUGUAGGUUUACGCGCAAAACUAGUCCGACCUAAUAUAAUUGUUGCAACUUCUUAUCUACAAGAAUUAAUUGAGUGGAAAUGGAUUAUGAUUGGCAACACAGUCCUGAAAAAUAGCAAGGUACUGAAAAGGUCGGAAAGAAACAUUGAUUGGCAGAACAUUCAGAUUCGGGAGCUAUUAACAUUGUUACCGAUACAAUGCGAAGUGUUCUUUCCUGGACAAGUUCAAGUAGGGGAUGACGUGUACGUCAAAAUGAUUGACUGAGGAACAAAGAGCAACUUUUUUUUAGAAUCUGUUGUUUCAACGUUUUUCAUUUCAUAUUUCAUCAAUUUAUAUUUUGUCUUUCAUGACAAAGUUAGCAAUUGCUGCUUUUAAAAAUUGACUUGUCGCAAACUCGAUAUAUAUCUUAACAUUUGCAAAUAUUAGAAUCGAAUAUCGAAAAAAAUAAAUAUCGCUGAACUUUA